CAAUGAGCCGAUAUGGAACUAUUCAUUAAAUAAUAACGAAUCGGAAAAGGUCGGAACUUUGAACUUCGAAUCAGCAGGACAGAAGGUUUGCAGCCCUCUUCACAAUGUCAAGCUAUUACGAACUUCGUCUUAUGAUACCUUGACUGCAAUAGCCACAGAUCAUUCAAGGGCAAUUUUGCUUGCAAUGAGCUCUAUUUGAUACAUAUUGAGUCGGAACUAAAUUAUUUACUACAAACAUCUCUGUAUCGCAGGGCUAAUGGUACGGCGGUUAAGUUUUCGUAUCGUUCAUACUGGCAACACUGUACGUGGAGUAAAAGUCUGAAGCCGAAGUAAACAAUCAACCGUAGACUUUACAAUGGCUGUCUCUAGUACGAUGUCGUUGGCCCUAUCAGGGACUUUGAGUGUAGUUUUAUUUGCCGGUAUGCAGAUGUUCAGACAACAGCUAUCAUCCGUGGAAUAUUUAACAAUAUUUGGUGGAUUGUUGGGAUCUUUUCUUUUUAUAUUAUUAUUAACUGCAGUGGGAAAUUUUGAACAAGUUACUUUUGGUAAAGGUUUUCAAGCACAAAUUUUUCCUGAAGUAAUAUUAUGUUUAUUAGUCGCUUUAUUUGCGUCUGGUUUGGUUCACAGAGUUUGUAUCACAACUUGUUUGAUAUUUUCACUGGUGGCGCUGUAUUUUAUAAAUAGAAUUUCACAAAGUAAAUAUGGAACUCAGACAGUAGCUCCAGUACAAGUCAGCAAGAAGAAAAAAUAAACGCAGCGAAAUUAUAAUAUUUUUAUCAUCCUUAUUAUUUCAUAGAAAAAUAAAAUAUUUCAAAUCAAA